AAGGGCGAGAGGGUCUGGAAUUUUAAAGGGACGACGUAGGCCUGAAUUCCUUGCUCCGCAAGUGUUCCCUUUGUGCUCCUAGCGGCUUAUAAACUUGUGCAGGGACUCACUGGCCGCAGCGGGGCAAAAGAGAGCGCGCAGGGUCUCCGGGGAUGUAGCUCAGCGGCGUAGGGCUUGCCUGGCAAGCGCGAGGUCUUGAGUUCGAUUCCUUAUAUCAAAAGAAAACUAGAGAGCGGGUGUAGGGCCCAAAGUGGGCAGUGAUGGAGUCUCUUUUAACUGAUCUGCGCUUGGAAAAAAGGGAGGGAACAUGUUCCUGCCCCUCCCCUGCCUAGCCUCCUUCUUGGGGCCGCAGGGGUCUCUGUCAGCUCCUUAGCUGCCCCUGCCCAAUUUACCCGCUUCCGGUCCGUCCUCACUUCCAGCCCCUCUCCUGGGGGUAGGAGGAACGGGGCGGACAGGCCGAUUGGCUCCGGAACUGGAGCCGUGCGGGAUCGGGUUUCUGCAGGGAAGGCUUAGGCACGGGGCCCACCCUGGAGACUUUCGGUUUCUCCUCAGUUUCCCGGCCGAGGUCGCCAUGGAGGAACCCGAGAUGCAGCUCAAGGGGAAGAAAGUGACGGACAAGUUCACCGAGAGCGUCUACGUCCUGGCCAACGAACCGUCUGUGGCACUGUACCGGCUGCAGGAGCAUGUGCGCCGCUCCCUGCCGGAGCUGGCCCAGCACAAGGGAGAGCUGGGAGGAGCCCUGAGAGCCAUCCUUCUACUCCUGGCUGAGCCAGCCCUGCUGAUUCCUCAGGCGGACAUGCAGCGCUGGGAGGAGCAGAGCCAGGGUGCCAUCUACACUGUGGAGUAUGCCUGCAGUGCCAUGAAGAACCUGGUGGAUAGCAGCGUCUACUUCCGCAGCAUCGAGGGGCUGCUCAAGCAGGCCAUCAAUAUCCGGGACCACAUGAAUGCAGCGGCCCAGAGCCAUAGGUAGCACUGGUGCCGCCACCUGGCCAGGAGCCCCCACAUUGCCCCCCAACCUCGCUUUCCAUGUCGCAGGGCUGCUGCUGGCUUUCGCCUGUCCUCUGGCAUCGUGACACCCAGAGCCCAAGUUCUACUGUGUGCCAGGCUUAGAGCUGGGCCUCAAUGGUGACCCAGACUGGGGUACAGGGGGACACAGCAGCUGAGGAACCGGCUAGGGCCUGGAGCGCUUCACCCCACCUGCCAGGGAAGCAUGGACACAUGACAUACACACUCAUGGCUCUGUGGGCAUGAGGGAGGGUGACCCAGGAGAGCUGGGGUGUCUGAGGUAUGUAGACCCUCAGGAUUGAAAGGCACCCCACCCUCACCACAGGGUGCUGGCAGGAGUAGCUUUCUUCUCUCUGCCUUUAUUGUAACUUUAUUUCUGCUUUGUUUUUGAGAUGAGGUCUUGAAGUGUAGUUCAGGCUGGUCCUGAGCUCACAGUGAUCCUCCUACCUCAGCCUACCAAGCGCCCAGCCUCAUUAUAAUUUAAUAAAUGCACAUCUGAGCA